UCACCAGUGUUACCAGACAGCUUGCUAUAGUUUAAUAACAUACUUGACGAUGGACAGUCUUCUGCGAGCGCUUCACAGAUAUAAAUUGUUGGCCCUAACCCCAUAAUUAUGUUUCCUCUUUAUAUUAGCUCUUUAUAUUAGCCUCUGAUCCCUCUAAUAACAUUUCUUUCUUUGCCGCAGGGAGAGGAUGAGGGACCGAAGCGUGGGGUGAAGAGGAGCUGAGAUGAGACGAGAGGGGAUGCGCGGAGGGGAGCCGGAAGUUGAGAUGGAGGAGGGGAGGGGAGAGGUGAGGGGCAGGAGUAUAGGGUGACAGUGAUGCUUAAGUAAAACCUUUCUGUGGGUCGUCGAGAAGUGAGGAGGUGAUGCGAGGAGCUGAGAUGAGCUGAGAUCAGUGCGGAGGGGAGCCGGAAGUAGGGAGAGGGAGGACGGAAGGCGAGGGAAGGAGUAGGGGCGACGAAGAUGCUUAAGUAAUGCCUUUUUGUGGGUCAGCUGUCAGGACCCUGCCCGUCCCCCUCACGUCACCUUUCCUGUCGUAGAGUAGGGGGGGUGUUGAAGGUUGUAGGGGCAUGUGUGGGGGGCGUGUAUGUGUGGGGGGCAGGUGUCGGAGGGGGGCAGCGGCGGAGGGUUGCUAUUGAUUGUGCUGGUGACUGCGGCAUCGGAGCAGCAGUGUGGAGAGAGGUGGCGUAGUGGUAACAGGCAUGGACCUCCCUCCAGCCCGCCUCACCCUCCCCUCCUCCAACCUCUCCUCCGUCACCUCCUCCUCCUCCUCCUACUCCUUCUACUCCUUCUCUUGCCCUUACUCUCCCUUGCUGCUUUUCACCACCUCUACCACGACCACCAGCACCCCACAAGAGACACUACCCUUGUUACUACCACCACUACCACGAGCUUUUGCAUCAAGGAUCUCCACCACCUCCGACACCGCCGCCGCCGCCGCCGCAGCCACCCACCUGCCGCCCCGUUACGAUGACCGAUGCCUCCGUGAUCAGAUACCACGCUCUAAGGGUGAUGGUCGGAUGGCGGCGCAGCGCUCUGGUGCGCGGCAGCUUCGUGCUCAACGUGGUGUUUGCGCUGUACGUGGCAGUGCACGUGGUGGCGCCUCCUCGCCUGUUGGCUCCGCGUGCGGCCCUCACACUCCUGCACGACAACCUUACCGCCUCCCCGGAGCCUGCAGAUUACCCUGCUGAAGGCGAACCCUCCCCAGAUGACCCCUCCGAGUCCCCGGCGCCGCCUACCCCGGCGCCCACCCUGCAGGAAAAGGUGUAUCCUGACUUGCACACCUGCCACACGCCCACGCUCACAGCGCGGCCCGCCCUGCACGGCAACCACUGGGUGCUGUACAACUACGUGCCCGCCGACACCCAGCCCGCCUGCAACGAGUCCGUCACCUACACCACACACGCAGACUUUACCUUCCUGGAUAACGUGGUGCCUCUGGUGGAGCGAUGGCGAGGCCCUGUCAGCGCCGCUGUCUUCGCUCCCGGCGGGGACUUCAACUCCACGCUGCGGACUGUGGCCUUCCUGCGCACGUGCCGCCCCAUGGUAGCAAAGCACGUCACCUUCCACUUGUUCUUCCCGUCAGACCACAUGCCCACCCACGUGCCGCCCACAGCCCACCUCCUAGCACAGAGGCCCUCGUGCUCAGCCCCGCCGCCUUACCUGGCCGCCCACACCUACAAGCGCGCCCACAACCUCACGUACCCCGUUAACAUCGCGCGUAACAUUGCCCGCCGAGCAGCGACCACCUACUUCGUGUUGGCGAGUGACGUGGAGCUGUACCCCUCCCUCAACUUUAUUCCUUACUUCAUGGACAUGUUGUCACGGCCGGACGCCUCUCGCGCGCCAGCUCCCACCCGUCGCGUGUACGUCCUGCCCAUCUUCGAGGUCAAAAGUGGGUUGCGACCGCCGGCCACGAGGGCAGCGUUGGUGCGCAUGCUCAAACGAGGCUCUGCCAUUCCCUUCCAUAAGUUCGUGUGUCCUCAGUGUCACAAGGUGCCGGGCAUGAAGGAGUGGGCGGAUUCUAACGCCACGGACAGUGUGAACGUGGUGAUGGUGGCCAAGAGACACCCGCCGUACCACCAUUGGGAGCCCAUCUACGUGGGCACCAACCUGGAGCCGCUCUACGACGAGAGGCUCACGUGGGAGGGCCGCUCCGACAAGAUGACGCAGAUGUACGUGAUGUGUGUGUUGGACUACGAGUUCCACGUGCUCGACAACGCCUUCCUGGUGCACCGGCCGGGCAUCAAGAGGCAUCGGAGGGACCGCCACCGGGACCUGCUCACCGCCCGCCAGAACACGCUCCUCCACAGCAAGAUCACGCCGGAGCUGCACACGAUCUACGGCAGGAGAGGCCUCUGUUACUUGUAGCUGCAGCGGAAGGACUGGCGUGAGUAGCAGAGACGAGUCCUGGCGCCUCCUCUCCUCCUCUCCUCCUCCUCAACGACCUUCCAGUGCCCUGCCGUCACCAGAAACCAUCCCAUCAACUUACUAUCCCUGGAAAACUUCGCGAACGGCCCAAGUCACCUUUCACAGCCCUUGCAAACGACCUAUUCACUCUUCAGGACCAUUUCUAACUGUCCCUGACCCCUAUACGUGUCUUCAUAACAAGCCAUUUAUCCUCCACAAACAAUUACCAAUGACAGUUACUUCUCAGAACUCUUACACAUCUUCCCAGACCCUUUCCCAAGCCUCUUAAACAAACAAUUCCCUCGGCCCUCGAAGACUUUCCUCCAUAACCUUUACGACCUUUACAAGUGGCUUAUUCGUCCUCCAAAAGAACUCCAACAAAUUAUCUAUUCGAAAAACCAGUCACUGUUAACCUUUACAGUAUUACCAACACCCAACUACCCUCAGACCUUAACAAAAGACUUUAUUCCCUCAAUAUCAUAUCUUUCUAGGACUCCACUCUUUCCCAUCUACUCUAAAGUCACAGUUCUCUUUACCUUAACAUUAUUAUCUUUGCCCACCUACUUAGCUUUCCCUCACUCCUUUACGAGAUACUGUAUUCGCCUAAUAUAACAUCUUCGUAUGACUCCAUUCUCAACCACGACUCUUUAGACUCUUUGCGCUACCCAGUGAUCUCCAAAGGCGGGGUUAGCUAAAUAAGAAGACGGGCUUUCUGAGCAUGAGUCUUCGCCAGCCUCGACCUUCUUUCAGCCGUCGCAGUAAGCCCUCCUCCAGUGUCACUUUGAGGGGGUGACUAUAAUAGGGUAGUAAGGAGGUGCUGAGGUGGCGGUGGUGAUGCCUGGGCGGGUGAAUCCAAAUCAAAUAACGUUUUUGGAACACCGCAAAAAAAGCUGUAUCACUUUUUGCAUUAAGUGUGUGUGUGUGUGUGUGUGUGUGUGUGUGUGUGUGUGUGUGUGUGUGUGUGUGUGUGUGUAAGGGCCACAAAGGGCUUCUCUCUCUGCUAUAAGGAAGGCGGAGGGGAGGAGGAAAGAAGGAAGGAAGGAAGAGGAAUGAAGGAGGAGGAGAAGGAGGAGGAAGGAGGAUUCUUGUAUGAAAAAGAUGUGACAGAAGAAAGCAAACAGCGAGUGGGCCGUCGUAGCACCGAAGCCUCGUUGGUGCCGCGGCCGAGCACUCGCGGGUGUGACGUCGAGGCUCGUUGUCUUGUAUCAUGUCUUUCAAUACCGUUAACGAAGAAAAAACUAACCUAACAAAUAAACGAAUGAAAUAUAAAUAAAUAAAGAAGCAACGCCAAUAUAACUAACUAACAAGCAAGUACUUUUUUCCCCAAGAACUCGUCGAUUUACUGUUUACCGUUGUUAUGAGUCUGAUAAAGGCCGUGAGAGGCGGGUGGUUGCCAAGUCGGUCAAUCUUCGUCAGGGUGGUGCAUGGCGAGCGCGCGCGUGGCGGCUGCGGGGCCUUUGAAUGUGUUAUACUGUCCACGGGUUGGCGAGGAAGCGAUCUAGCGACGACGUUGAAGCCAAAUGAUGAGGAACGAACUAGCGGGGACAGAGAACUUAUGUCCUUGGCGGUGAUCAAACUAGCUGCGAGGGAGAACGAACACUCCGGGGCGACGAGCGAAUUAGUGACGGCAACUAGCAAGGACAGAGAACCUAGAUCCCGGACGGCGAUUAAACUAGCUGCGAGGGAGAGCGAAGAAUCCGGAGCGACUAGCAAACUAGAAUCGGCGGAGAGCGAAGACCCUGGCGCGGCGAGUGACGGAGCGGCGACGGAGAACCUUGGCAGAACGAAGAAGAACCCGCAGCCAAGGAAGGGGACGUCUUGUUGAACCUCGUAAUGCUGUGCUCUCGAACCUCUAGUAACUCUGGUGGACUGAACUUACUCUCUCUAGUUGAACGUUUAAAAGAGAAUUAGUAAUUCUUCUCUGAACCUUUCAAGAACUUAUUCCUCGUCGUAGUCAGGCACUUAUCAAUUUUAAUAACCUUCCAGUAGAAAGAAGAAAAAAAAGUCUUAACAUUUUCUCAGUGAUAUAUCUCUUUCCGACGAAUGUUUUGCGUCUUCAAGUGGUGCAUAUGUUUUAUUUUUUAGUCGAGAACAAAAAAACAAGAACAUGUAUGAUGGUAUAUAACUGUCCAUUCAGAAAAUCAUAAUUAAAGUGAAAAAGUAUCUCGCUCUCAUCAUCGAAUCACCUAUUAUCGCGGCUGAAGUAUCGACGUCCCGUGUUUCAAGAACCGAGAUCCACAGUUGUGCGGCGAAGCUGGUCUUUGGCGGUCAGGGACUGGGGUGGAGCUCGGCCUGGCGUGUCCCUGCGUGGCCGGCGAGAGGCAGGCCCGCGACCCUCCCCUGGCCGAGGUGGAAAGGAAGUGCUGGAAAAAAAGUGAAUCAUCUGUAUUUUCAUUUUUUCCCCCUUGCCAUCAGCUUUCCAUUCACUCCAGCAUUGUCCCUCCUCUCGUUGUUUACAAGAAACUGAUCAUGCACCAUUUUAUUCAUCGUUAUAGAGACAUAGAACGUGGAUGCUUUGUCACAAGUGAUUUUUAUGAGUGGCAGAAGCAUCUCGUGAAGCUUAGGUUCCAUGUAACGUGUAGCUUAGCUGGAUGCCAUUCUAGGUGCUUACCGUAGGGAGAAAAGAGGGUCGAGUAGAAAGAGUUCACGUCGAUGGCUGGUCCAGAGAAGAUAGAUAAUGUAAGACUGUCGUGUCACACCGUAGUGGGGAAAUAAUGUGGUAUGGAAUAUCUGCCAAUUUUGUCUCAAGUAGAUCAGAAUUAUGUGGUUUUGUUUAGAUAGUUUUAUUGUUAGAAGAAAAAAAAUAUUGUGGUAUUUGACAAGUGGUUAAGUGUUUUGAAAAGUUAUGAACUCUGUUUAUUAUGAACUGUGGUGUCGUAGGAAGAGGAAUUAUUUCUUGUGACCAAUUGUAAUGAAAACCAUAUUGAUGAAAAAAACAAAUAGGAUAUUUCAUGUGGCGAAAAUGUGUUGGUGUGGGAAUCAAAUACAUUCAGUGUAUAAAAUGAAAGAGAAACUCGAGGUGGCAAAUGUCUGAUGAAAAAUUCAUCCUUCAUCCAUUGGGAAAUUCAUAUGUUCCUCACAUUCACUUUUAUUGUCAGAUAAACGUGCAGUUUUCAGUCUGAUGAUUUCAUCAUAAAAGCUGAUACAGUCUGGUCUUUGUUUUGAGAGGGAAGAAAAGAAAGAAGUAAGCACGCGGGGGAAUAUGUGUUUUAAUAGUUUUUAUUUAUUAUUUUCAUUGUCAGUUUAUCAUCAUCACCAAUGCAGUCUGCGAGGGAUAGAAUCGUCUGUGUAGGCAGCGAUUGGCGGGAAGGAAAGCAAUGUUCGAUUCUCAUUUGUUCACCUCCAUAACGAAUCAAUGGUGCCUCACUCUCGGGUAAAUUUGUUGAUGAAAUUACGUAACUGUGACGUGUAAAAAGAUCUUUGUUAACACUGUUGACGCGGAAGGUUGUGUUGAUCCCUGUGGACUCCCGGCGGGGGGCGGCGGCUUCGUCACUGCCUCCGAGGCUCAGCCAAGUCUCUGCUGGGGACGGGACAAACAGCAUCGCCAUCACCAUCAUCAUCAUCACCCGAUACCCAGUCACACCGUUCCCAGCAGGAGACGUGACGUUCCUUUCUAUUCAGUUCAAGUAAUUCGAAGAUCAAGUCCACAUAAGAGACUUAAAUACCAAUAACAAAGAAGAGUUAAUUCUCUGCCAGUGAUGUCCAUCCAUGCAGUGAUGUCGCCGCCGCGCCCCCAGCCGCCGGCCCAUCCGUUGUUACCAAACCACCCUGUUGACCCUUUCGACUGAUCUGUUUAGGGGGGAUCAUAAACAUGUCUAAUCAUCUGUUUUAUCCAAUUCCAUGAGUUGGUUGGAGGCGCGCCCAAAGGUGGUGGUGUUGAACAGUGUUUUAGCGUGUUCCCAAACCUCUAUAAUAGUGUACGUGUCUGCAGAAGAAGAAAACGAAGCAUUAGUAAGGACACCCACACCUAGAACUUUACUCAAGCUUAUAUAUGACUGUAAAAUGCCUGAUAGGUUGUUUACAUCGUUCACUUCAAAUAUCUAUACUCUAUCCAUAUUCAAUAGUUAGGCAUAUCAAAGCAUGUUUUUCCGUCGGGAGAAGAGAAAAGCCGAGGUUAUAGAUUUUAGCCCAUAGUGAGUUUAUUUUCAAAGUUUUUGGUACAAUAAUGGGUCUGGUGAGUGUUCGGGGACUGACGCGCUCAAGGUGUGAGGGAGGCGGGUGAGGGGGGUGGGGUGAGGGCGGCCGCCAGUCUCCGUCCGACACGAGGUGAGGAGGCAGGGCGGCGGCGGCGGUCAGGGGCCUCGAGGUGAAGGUGUGUUGGUAAAGGCUCUGGUAACACUACGUAGGGCCAUAUUCUGAAACAUUUCGGAGCCCAAGCGCACAUAUUUGACAAGGCUUUCAUAGGAGUGUUGGCCAUUCCCAAGGGUAGUUUUAUGACCCUGGUGGUAGUUUGUAACGUCACCUGUACCAUGAACCUAAAAAAUCACUCAUUACAAGCUGAUUCAUCUCUUUUUCGUGCAUUGGAAGUAGUUGGUGUGAGGCGGAAGAUCCUGAGAAUGCCAACCUGUGUAUGGGCCGUAUUUUCAAACGCUUUCGGCUCUCAACCAAGGUCUAAUUUUUUCUUCUUCUACAGCAAAGGAGACAGUUCAAGGGCGUAAAGAAAAAUAUAAAAAAAAAACCGCUACUUACUGCUCCUGAAUAGAGGUCAAAGGAGUGGCCAAAAAGAGAGGUCAAUUUCGGGAGGAGAGGUGUCUAAAUAAAUUUCUUUAGAUCUUGCUCUCAACCAAUAUUCUCCAAGGCCACAAUGGAGAUUAAUCGGGUUCUCAUGAGUGUUUUUCAUAUUCACGGUGCAGAAGCCUUGUCAACCUAUCAUUAGGCUCCUAAAGGUAUCCAUGGAAAUACUAGCACAACUUCAGCGAAAGCCUUAUCAAAUGUUGAUUUUGUAAACCCGAAAUGUUUGAGAAUGCAGGUGAGUAUCUCACUGUGGAGGAAGAAGUUGUUUUUUUUCUCCGAUGAGUUUUGACUUGCUAUUUGACCUGAUAUUCGUUUUAUUUGGCGGAAAUCAACGUUUUUUGUUUGUUUGUUUGUUUGUUUGCGCCUCCUCCCCUUCCCCCUGUGAUAAGUAAAAGCAAACUAUCCGUCAGGCCCAUCAGAUAAACCAACCUACCUCGAACUUAAAUAUAAAACUGUUGCCACUAAAUAAUUGCCUUUCGUCACUUUUCACUUUCAUUUUCUCUUUCUCGCCGUCUCCGGUGUUUGGGAACUGCUGAACAGGCAGUUUAUAGUGUCCACGCUCCUCCCUCUCAACUAGAUUCGUUUCGUAUAAUAAUAAUUAUAUAAGCAAUUAGUGACCUAGCACUACUAAAUAAAAACAGUAGCCGUGGGGUGGAGAGGGGGGGGGGGGGGCUAAAAUAAAAAUACUGUGAUAUCCGCCGAAUACGAAUAUCAGGGCUAUUCAACGCACAUCAAAACUUAACCAAAAAAAAGUUUGAUUACCAGAGCGAAAUGUAGCUAGUUGUACCUUUACCGGCGCCCUGGGUGGUGCGCCCCGCUGCGCCUCCUCCUCCCGGCCCAGUUAUUAACAUAUCCCGGUGGUGGUGGUGUGAGGCAGGCGUGUGGCGACGUGUGUCAGGCGUGGGGAGACUGGCGGCGGCCGGUCCAGAGGCAGUGUCUGUCGCCUUUACUGAGUGCUCAACUCCACCCACCCUAAUUGGUUCCUAGUCCCUGCUAGCAGCCUACUCCACCCACACCCACACACCCAUCAUCACCCUCACGCCCAUAUCACGCCCAUGCCUUUGGCGAACCCGCCUUACGCACUGGCAUGUCAUUGAUUAGGCUCAAAGUGUGUGACUGUUCUGUAUAUUUAUUCCAAGUUCGCUGUAAGACAGACUCCAGCCCGCAGGAGCACGGCUGUUCUGUCUGACGGAGGUGCUCGGACAUGUCACCUCUGGGAGCGCAAGUGUUGGCGGGGCCGGCGCUGACAGGACAGCUCCGACAUGCUGGCCUCUUCUGGCACGCAUCAGCGCCGGAUACACAAUUUUUUUUUUCUGCCACAUGUGGAGUUCGUGGCGUUCAGGGUUCUCACUGUCAUCCGUGAGCCAAGUAUGCCAAGGAGACUACCCGCUGCGAUUCCUUGGGCCCAUGUCGCUGUGGAUGGCACGCCCGAGACACCAGUGGCUCCAGCGACUGCAAGGCAAAGCGAGGGGCCGAGUUGGUCCUGUCAGCGAGUAAAAGGUCGUCUGUAGCCUAUCACUUGGCACGUUCUGGCUGCCGCUCCCUAGUGGUGUGCUUACCGAACAAGCUAUAGACAGCUGCGUGAGGGAUGCUAUGCUAAGAUUAUUAGGGUCGUCGUGUGUAACGUUGAACUAGGACUUGUGUGCUAGGAAUGCCGUCACUAGGAUACUGCCUGGACUCUGUGCUAGGGAUGUCGUGUAGCGAGUACUGCUAGACUAUCGCUGUCUGGAGCACUACAUCGAGCAAUAAUCUUAGCAUAAGCCUCUGUAGAAGUCUUGGUCUGAAAUAAACACUAGUUUUGU